GUCAUGUUCAUCUCAAUGUUCUUAUCAAUUUGGAUCAACAACGUGGCCAUCGCCGCCAUGAUGAUGCCCGUGGUAAGCUCACUGUUGCAGGAGCUGCUGCAGGAGGGGCGAAACGACCCUUCUAAACAAGACGAAGACGCAGAGGAUACACUAGGUCUGACUGAACGACAUGAGAAGAGUGCUGUCGCCAACGAAAACGCCGUCAUGUUUGCACACCAAGACAGAGUGAUGUUUCCAGUGCUGAUUUUACCUAUCCCCGCACGUGCCAAGAGCCACGUCGCAGGGUCUGAGAAGCACCGCAUUCGCGUCCUACUCUACCUGAGCGUCAUCUACGGUGCCAACACGGGCGCAAUCACUACCAUCACGAGUGCUGCUUCCAAUGUCGUCUUCAAGUUCGCCAUUGAAGACUUGUACGCAGAACGGGCUCCGGUCGACUACGCGCUAUGGCUAUUCUUCGCCCUGCCGGUAACGAUUAUCAGUACGGCCAUUAUUUUCGUUACUGUGCUGCCUGUGUUCUUCAAGUGUAAAAGACCAAGUGUUGGCCAAGAAAGCAGCAGCUCUGUGAUGGAAGCUGUUCGUCGCAACUACGCGGCCCUCGGACCAAUGAGAUUCCAUGAGGUGGCCGUCUUACUGCUGUUCACACUGCUGGUUUUUCUCUGGCUAUUCCGGGACCCCAUGUUCGCCAGAGGCUGGGCGACAUUGUUUGGUUCCGUGAAACCCAAAGACGCUACUGCGGCCAUGAUCCCUGUCAUUUUGCUCUUCAUGAUUCCCGCCCAACCAUGGGAAGGAGCUAAAAGCCCCGGACUUGUCACAUGGCCUGUUGUGCAGGCAAAGCUGCAGUGGAGCGUCAUCCUGCUCAUCGGCAGUGGUUUUGCGGUCGCCGACGCCAUGAGGGUCUCCGGUCUUUCUUUACUUCUCGGUCAACAGCUCGGCCACUUGUCCCACCUGCCUGCAGGUGUGCUCAUGAUGUGCCUCAGCAUCUUGUGCUCGUUCAUGUCGGAGUUCGUCAGCAACGCCGGCACUGUCACGGUUCUGCUGCCCAUAUUUGCAGUUCUGGCUGAAGACCUCCACGUAAACCCUCUGCUCCUAAUGAUACCGGCGACACUCACCAGCAACUUUGCCUUCCUGCUGCCAGUGGGGACUCCAGCAAAUGCCAUUGUUUACGAGCACGCACACCUGACGGUGUCCGACAUGGUCCUUCCUGGUCUUCUAGUAAAGGCUAUCACAAUAUUCACAACUGUGGCCGUGACCUUCGUGCUCGGCGACCCGAUCUUCGGCAUGUUCAGCGAAGCGGACUGGGUGCGACCCGUCGUCGCAGCCAACAUCAGCGGCAACACUACUUCGGCCGCACGUUAGCCACGACGUCAGCAGUACUUUCGCAUGUGACUCUGACGUUGCGCAAUCGGUUGAGCCGCUGUGGUGGCACAGUGGCUAUGGCGUUAUGCUGCUGAACAAGAGGUCGCGGCGGCUCCAGUGUUGCCUCGGGAUGUUCAACCCUCCGAAUCAAUCAAUCCGCUAGCUGUUAGCACGAAAGGACAUGCGUUGCCAGUAGUGUUCGUCGCACCGGAGAGGACGCUAAGUAGAAGUGCAGGGUCAAGCCGGCGUGCGCGAACUUGUGCCAGUCUGCGGCUGCGGUGAGAUUUGCGAUGACACUUGCUAACAGGCCGGGUUGCUAACAGGCUCGCUUAUGGGGUCGAAAAUAAAUGUUCACUUGCGUACUAUACUCUGGGUUUACGCUGAAGAUAAGAAAAUGUGACGACGGGGAUCAAGAGAAAUUUACGGCGAGAAUGAUGAAGCGCUCAUCGUGAUUUUCUCGUCAGUCGUGGUUCUUUACGACCGUUUUGCGCUCGAACGCUAG